AAUAAAAAAUAAUACCUAAAUUCAAAAAAUCCCAACACCAAGGAAACAAAUCCACGCCAACCUUUCGCCACCUUCUUCACCACCAUCAUCACCACCGUAAAGCGGCCUUCUAACUGGAAAUUCCUUUAAACCACAAAGCACAAACUUUCCAUGACUCUCAUGUUUCAGAAAUGACCAGGACCCGGUUCUUUAGGAGCCGGUCCCCCGAACCAGACGAAGAUACUACACCAACCACUACUCGUAGUAGUGGAGGUGGAACCGCCAUGAGAAUUAUAGUACCAUUACAAGGAGUGGUUCAAGGCAGAGGUGGCCUUUUCUUUGGCUCAGUGAUACCUUGUGCUCUUUUUUACUUCCUCCAGCUUUAUUUCAAACGACACCGUGAUGACCAGUCGGAUUCGGAUGAUCCAAAUCCCCAAAAUCAGGCGGCACCAUCUCCGUCGGGGUCUGAGGGGAAGCUGAUGGAGCUUUCUGGGUUUACUCGGUCUACUUCUCGGAGCUUCAGCUCUCCCAGAAGUCCAAGUGGACCUCCUUACUUGUCGAGUCGGGCUAAUGGGAUAGUGAAGAGUGUUGACUCUCCUUACUUUGUUGGAUUGAGGAAGGCCGCGGAGGAUCCCUAUGACGAGUUAGGUAAUCCGAAUGGGGUUAUUCAACUUUGUCUAGCUGAGAAUAAGUUAUCAUUGGAUUUGGUGAAGGGGUGGCUAGUUGAUAAUGCAAGAGGAGCAACACUGGGUGAUGAAGGAGAGGAGCUGAACAUUAGUGGGAUUGCUUCUUACCAGCCUGUUGAUGGGUUAAUGGAGUUAAAAGUGGCUGUGGCAGGAUUUAUGUCUCAAAUCUUGGAAAAUGCAGUAUCCUUUAACCCUUCACAAAUAGUUUUGACAGCAGGUGCAACUCCUGCAAUUGAGAUGCUUAGCUUCUGUUUAGCAGAUGCUGGAAAUGCGUUUCUUGUUCCAACGCCUUAUCACCCAGGAUUUGAUAGGGAUGUAAAAUGGCGAACAGGGGUGGAGAUAAUACCUGUUCCCUGUCGUAGUGCUGACAACUUCAGUUUAAGUAUUACGGCACUUGAUCGAGCAUUCAACCAGGCAAAGAAACGUGGUCUCAGGGUCCGUGGGAUUAUAAUUUCAAACCCCUCGAACCCUGUGGGCAAUCUGCUUAACCGAGAAACACUUUAUAACCUUCUGGAUUUCGCUAGGGAGAAGAACAUCCAUAUAGUCUCUAAUGAGAUAUUUGCUGGGUCCACUUAUGGAAGUGAAGAGUUUGUAAGCAUGGCCGAACUCAUCGAUUUGGAAGAUUCAGACAGAGACAGAGUGCAUAUAGUUUAUGGUUUGUCGAAAGAUCUGUCCCUGGCAGGUUUUAGGGUGGGCGUUAUCUACUCCUCCAAUGAGAAUGUUUUGGCUACAGCUAAGAAGCUAGCAAGGUUCUCUUCCAUUUCAGCUCCAACCCAGCGAAUACUCAUCUCCAUGCUUUCAGAUACCAAAUUUGUUAAAAGUUUCAUUCUGAUUAAUAGGAAGAGGCUGCAACAAAUGUAUGUUGCAUUCGCUGCAGGAUUGAAGCAACUAGGGAUUAAAUGCACAAAAAGCAAUGGGGGUUUCUACUGUUGGGCUGAUAUGAGUGAGUUAAUCAGCUCGUACAGUGAGAAAGGAGAACUUGAGCUUUGGGAAAAAUUGUUGAAUACAGCUAAGCUCAAUGCAACUCCUGGAUCUUCUUGUCAUUGUAUUGAACCUGGAUGGUUUAGAUUCUGUUUUACCACCAUGACUGAAAGAGAUAUUCCAGUAGUUAUGGAACGAAUCUGGAAAAUUGCUGAAUCCUGUAAAUCUCGCAGUUGAAUUAUUCAGGUUAUUUCACAGAGUUAGAUUGCAUACAUAUUUUUUUGGGGGGGCUAGAGAUGAAUUCUUGCAGUAGCUUGUUUAAUAAUGGCUUUGGACAAUAGAAGUACAUAGAAGUUUCCGUGAUAUGUUGAGUGGUAUUUGCUGCUGAAAUUAGGCAGAACAUAAGCAAUCUUUAAAUUUCUUGCUCAUAGUUUUGAAUAAAUUCUUUCAAAUGUAUCAUAUCAAA